UAAAACUCAAGUUUUCAGUAAACAAUCAGAAUCAGAAAAGCCAUGAAGCUGACAUUUGUUAUUGGACUCGUCCUGGUGGCAGGAUCUUUGGCGCUGCCGCAGGGCAGGAUCGCCGGAGGUGAGGACGCCGUGACCGGACAGCUGCCCUACCAGGCCGCCCUCUCCAUCGGCGGUAGCUACAACUGUGGCGCCGUGGUGAUCGCCAAGCGCUACGCCCUCACCGCCCUCACCUGUGUCUGCUCCGAGGGCAAGGACACCGCAUGGCCCCCUCAGCUUUUCGCCGUAACCGUCGGAUCCGUGGACCUCUACUCCGGCGGCAAGCAGGUGCGAGUGGCCGAGAUCAUCCUCAACCCCAACUACAUCACCCUGAAAUCCGGACUGGCUCUGCUCCGCCUGGAGGAGGACCUGCCCUUCGGAGAGACCGUCGCCGCCAUUCCCCUCGCCCGCGAGCUCCCACCCCAGGGCGCCAACGUUGAGAUCUCCGGAUGGGGCAGGACCACCGAGUCGGAGGUGAACAUGCACCGCACCCUGCAGAUCGGCGAGGCCGAGGUGAUGGCCUCCCGCGAGUGCGCCCUGGCCAAAACCGAGGAGGAGCCCGUAGCGGAGAACGAACAGGUGCUGUGCCUGGGCCACGGACGUCGCCAGGGCAUCUGCAGCGGCGACAUGGGCGGCCCGGCCGUCUUCGAAGGUGAACUGGUCGGGUUGGGCGCCCAGAUGCUCGGCGAGUGCGGCGGCAUGCUCCCUGAGCGCUUCAUCAGCAUUCCCUCCUACUACGACUGGAUCCAGGAGCAGUUGCAAUAAAGCACUCUCUAUAACUUGGCCAACAGCAAAA